CGUCACACCUCGACGUCUUUGGCUGUUGGGAAAGUGGUGACAGAGAAGAAAACAGAGCAGUAGACAAAUUAUAAAGAAACCAGAAGCAGAGACAAAACAAGCUCCAACUGGAAACAAGUUGGAUUCAAGGUCUACAUGUUGCUUUUCUAUUUAACCACCAUCUUGGGGGUCUCCAGGCGCUCCUAGAAUUGUUUCUGGAGAUCUUCUGCUGAGCCCGUGGUUUAAACACUGGAUUUUUUUUUGUCAGCUAUGGAUGAACCAGAAGGCUUUUUUAAAUCUACUUUUUAUUUGGCCUGAAGUGGAUUUAUAAUUUUGCCAUUUUUUCGGAAUACUACUUCCUAUAGGAGGUUUCUUUUUUUGUGGAUGCCAACGUUCUAGAGAUUUUGUUUGCCUUCACACAUUACAGAGCUGCACUAGCGGGCUAUAUAUCCCACCGCUUGCCUCAUUUCUGAAGUGAAUCAUCAGAAGGCUAUCACAUCUCGUUUUGGCUGUACCCAUAAUAGCAACAGAUCGCUUAACACUUUGCCCAGACUGACACUCCGGUCCCAGGACGCGGUGCGGCACAUGUCCCCUGCUUCAUCUGUUUUGUUUGAAUUUCCAAACUCGUGGACGAGGGUAUUAUCGAUCAAUCUGAGAUGUUGCCUCUGUCCCUUCUGCUGCUCCUCGUUUUCCCAGCUGCGCUCCUCGUGGCAGCGCAGGGCGCCGUGGACUUCCAGGGUUUCAGCUUUCCCGGAGGGGGCGCUGCUUACGACCCGACUGACCCCUGCAUGGUGGUGUAUCCCCCGUGUAUGAGCGAGGCUGACCGCUUCAGCCUGGAGGCCCUGCGCACUAUCCAUCAGAAGAUUGACGAUGACCAAGAUGGCGAGAUCGAAGUGGAGGAGAGUAAGGAGUUCAUCAUUGAAGACAUGAAGCUGCAACAGACCAACAAACACAGCAACUUGCACAGGGAAGACCAGCACAUCACGGUUGAGGAGCUCUGGAGGGGCUGGAAGUCGUCUGAAGUACACAACUGGACUCAAGAUGACGUGCUUCGCUGGCUGAAGGAGUUUGUUGAGUUGCCACAAUAUGAGAGGAACUUCAAAGAUUUUAAGGUCAAUGGAAACACACUUCCAAGGAUUGCAGCUAAUGAGCCUUCAUUCCUGAGUGGACAGCUGAGGGUUCAGGACCAGAGGGAUAAGCAGAAACUCAACAUCAAAGCUUUGGAUGUUGUUCUGUUUGGACCACCUACACGUCCCCCUCAUAACUACAUGAAGGACCUGCUGCUGAUUGUAUCAGUGGUAAUGGGAAUUGGAGGCUGCUGGUUUGCCCAGGCCCAAAACAAAGCCAGCAAAAUCCACGUAUCGAGGAUGAUAAAAGAUUUGGAAAGUCUGCAGAGGGCUGAACAGAGUCUCUUAGACCUACAGGAACAGCUGGAGCGAGCCCAGGAAGAAAAGCGAAAUGUUGCAGAGGAGAAACAGAACCUGGAGGAAAAGAUGAGGGAUGAGAUCAUGGGGGCGCAGGAGGAGGCUCAUCGUUUGCACAGGCUGAGGCAAGGAGCUGUCAGCGAACUCAGCCGCCUUCGAUUUGCAGAGGAAGAACUAGAGCAGGUCCUUGGUGCACUUAAGCAAGCAGAAAAGGAUGUGAAUGCCAGCUGGACUGCCUCAGAAGCACUUCAACAGUGGCUGCAGCUGACCCACGAGGUAGAGGUUCAGUACUACAAUGUCAAGCGGCAUGGUGCAGAACUACAACUUGCCACUGCCAAGGAAGAGGCAGAGAGGAUCAAGAAGAAGAGGAGUUCUGUGCUUGGGACUCUCCAUGUAGCCCAUAGCUCAUCUCUAGACCAAGUUGACCAAAAGAUCUUGGAGGCAAAGAAUGCCUUGUCUGAGGUAACAGCCUGUCUACGUGAGCGCCUUCAUCGGUGGUCGCAGAUGGAGCGUCUCUGUGGCUUCCCCAUUAUUAGGAAUCCUGGUCUAGCAAACCUCACAGCUAAACUCUACACAGAACCAGUUGCUCUUCCAUUACCUCGAGUGCUCCAACCACCUUGUUCAUGCCAUAGCUCUAUCCAUGGAUCUAUAGAGGAUCUGUUAGAAGAUCCUACUUCUCCAAUAUUACCACAGAUGCCAGUUCCAGUUCAACCACUGAAACGCUCUCCUAGAACACAGGGAUCCACCAUAUGUCGGUCACGCCGUCCCGGUGUGGUCACUCAGCCACAGAUCGCCAUAAUCUCUCAGGACCCUGACCUUCUCAUCCCCAGCCGAGCCCCUUAUCCGUGUCUUGAUGAAGAACAAGGCCACUUCUUUAAAACUCUCAAGAAACAAGACUCGGAGGAGAGGUUUUCAGACUCAGAAUAUAGGACUCCAUCUCCCCUGAUCAAAAUAUUACCUACUCUCACUGUUGACAGUUCUUCCCAAAAGCUUUAUCAUGAUGAAACUGAGAUGCUUCCAGACUGCUCCAUUAUGAAGACUUUGGGUAAAGAAGCAGAAGCUGUUGUUGAAUCUCCGGUUUGCAAAAUGUAUAUGGAAGAGCUUGAAGCUUCUGUAGAUGUUUCCGGCAGGAAAAUGGCAAAAGACCAGCUGUUUGAUGCUUCUUUGGAAACGCCUUCAUUUUACCAUCCCCAAGAAGAGUCUUUGAUGGAGGCUACAUCAAGAAAGAUAUCCAGAGAAAGGAGUGAAGUUCCAUUGAACGUUACAGUUAGAAAGUGCCUUUCCAAUGAGUUGGAUGCAGAAUUUCCAACCAGGAAAGUAGAGAGAGAUGCGACAGGGGAAUUGAAGGACACUGCCUCAAGGAGUGUAUAUCGAGAAAGGAGCGAUUUACCUAUGGAUGUGAGGAAGAUUAUUUGGAAUGAAAUAGAAUCGAAAACAGAUUUGGCACCUAGGAAGAUAUCAAGAGAUAUGAUGGGGUCUUCAAUGGACAGUGCUUCAAGAAAGAUGAUACGGGAUGAUAUUGACUAUCCGUUUGACUUGGUAUCCAGAAGGAGUACAAGGGAUUCAAUGGGAAUGUCCAUAGACACAGGCUCUAGAAAGCUUGCAUGGAAUAAAGGCGAAUGCCAGCUUGAUUCGUCGGUGAGAGCUUCAGGAAUGGACAACAUGGCGGAGUCUUCCAGAAUACCAUCCAGAAAGAUAUCCAGAGAAGAGCUGGAGGAGUAUGGUACAGAUACUGCUUCCUUUAAGAUGUUACACAGAGAUAAAUUUGAAUCACUAAUGGAUAGCCUAUCAUCAACAGAGAAGCAAGGGUUUGGAUUGGAACCAUCAACAAGCAGGAGGAUACUGAGAGAUGAUCUUGAGAUGUCUGUUGGUUCUGUAAGACGGAGAAUACCAAGACUGACAAGAAACGACAGUGACAGCUCCACAGACACCUCCUCGGGAAAGGUUUUCUGGGAAAGAGCUGAUGUCCCAGUUGAAAUGCAAAGACAACACGUAAUGAGGGAGGAUAUGGGAGCAUCUGAAUUAAGCUCGCUCCAAGGUCCCAUUGAACAGCCAGACCUUACGGUUGCCUCCCAGGUGCCAUGGAGGUCAUCAUCAGACCUCAUUACUGUUGGCCCAUUGAGCCAGCUUGUUUAUGAUGGAAUCCUUGAGAAGUCCUGCAGCUCCAUGGCUUCAACCCCAACCGGCCUCUCUGCUUCAACACCUAACCUGCCCCAGAGCAGACUGCAUGCAGAGGUGGAUCCACAUCCUACAAGGAGUGCUAUCCAGACUCCUGCGUCACCACAUGAAACUGGAGAUGAGAAGCACAAGGAUAAAGAAAAGAGCAAGAAAUCCUUACGGCUUAAAAAUCUAUUCAAAAAGAAACACGAGUCAAGUCCAGAGAAGCUUCAAAGUGGUCUUCAGAAACUCUGACACUUUGCUUUUAUUAAAUUGAACCAAAAAGCCCUAUAUUAUGUAAGUACUUGCGCCCACCUGUGCUUGCAUGGGCAUUUGGAGAAUGAGAUGUGGUCAGGAUCAAUGGUGGUUCACCAUCGUCCAGAAGCAGCAGAAAGUGAUUGUGCCAGCAUUAUUCCUAUCCCUGGAGUUGUUGGUUGGGAUGGAGGCCUGGGACACACAGAGCUCUUAUUUUGCACAUCUCCUGACGUCGUCAUAUUUCUUAUUGCAUUGUGCCUGCUCUGUGGAUGCCAGAAGGCAAGUACACGCUGACUGCUGCUACCCAAGUCUACUUCCCCUCAGGUGAAUUCCUGCUUAAGCCCUACACAUGCUAAAAACCCCAGCCUAAGACUGCCGCCAGGCUUUCCGCUGUGAGCUUUCUUGCUGAUGCUUGCUCUUGCUCAGAAACUCACACAUUUGCACACUCGCACCAGACUAAGUGAUAAAUUUAUUAUGAGCCUCAAAUGUAACUUCAAUUGCCACUGUCCAAAGGAAGGCACACUGUAAAAUGGGAGAAUUUAAAUGAGUGGGAGUGACCUGAAGCUGGUCUUAUAAAGAAUAACCAAAGAAAUGUCUCGUGUAAAGAGAAACAAAAUGCCUGCAGGUGUGCCUGGCUUUGAAAGAGAAUUGGAGAUGACGGUAAAUGGUUCGAUUCCUGUUAAACCCAAAACACACAUUUUAAUAUUUUGGAGCCCGAAGACAACCCCUUUGCAACUUGUGUCAUGCAUUGGGCCCAGAUGUGAGCCAUUUAAAAUAGCAGAUGCUGGACUGAAACACCCUAAAUGCACUUGCCAGUGGGCUUUAUUAUACCCUCUGUUGCUUGAAUAGGGUGAUCUGAGUAGAGAGUUUGGUAGUUUUUACAAAACUUAUUUUAUAUUUGAAGCUGCUUUCUUUUCUCCUCUUAAGUCUUAUUGAGAUUAUUAGUUGAUACCAAAUGUGGUUUUAGAUGUAGAUUUCUUGUAGUUUUGCCUAUUUUUGGUAGCCGACUUGAUUUUUAAUUUCCCUAAAGCAGAGACAAUGCUUGAACUUGAUUUAGAAGCUGCACACAUCGUCAUUUGUUUGAUCUUUUAAGGUUAAGUUAAAAUAUGUCAAUAUGCUUAUAAUGAAAUAUGUGUCCUUUAUGUUAAUGUUUUUGCAAUGAUUAGCGCUAUAUUAAUCAUUUCGUGAUAGGUCUCUGGAUUCAUGUUUUGCUCUGUUUCUUUCUGGUCAGAAGUUGUUGGGCUUCAUAAUGUCGGGAAUAUAUUAUAUUUCCAUGCAUGAUCAGGAUUUAACAACAUUUGAAAAGAGUAUUCAAUUGACAAAGUGGCGUUGUUUGAUUAUGAAAUUACCACAGUUUAACAGUCCUGAUGAAGCAGAUUAGCUUCAGAUAUUUUUCUUUUUCUGACUUUUCAUUAAAAAUACUUAGCAUCAAGCUGUUUUUAACUUAAGCUUAAGACUUAG